AUGAAUGGAAAACUGCUAAGUCAUUCAUUCAUUCAUUCAUUCAUUCAUUCAUUCAUUUUCGUUGCUCUUUUCAGCAAGUGUAAGAAGAAGAAAUGGUCCUGCAACAGGGACCCACAUCACGGAUUCACAGACAUAUCUGAAAAGCCUCAAUGUAUAGAUGAAGUCAGAGAUGAGCCUGUAAGAGUGUGGGCAGUCUGGUUACCAAGCGAGUGCUCAUAUUGCCAAUGCGGUAAUGAUGGAUUUGGAAACUGCUCAAUGGUAAACUGCGCAAACCCUCGUUGCGAAGAUUCAUUUAAAAUGAAAGGAAGAUGUUGCCCUGUGUGUCCACAAGACUUUCAAACAAUGUGUAACUACGAUGGUCAGAAAUACAUUACGGGAGAGAAAACCGUGCUUCCAGACAGAUGCACAAUUUGUACGUGUGAGAACAGUAGAUGGCAGUGCUCAAGUAAAGGAUGCAAAGGCUCCAAGUUUCUUAGAGAACCAUUACAUAUUUCUAUUGAGUAGCGAAUGGAAAACAAUGGGAAACAUAAUCUUAUA